AUGCUCUCCUCCAACAUCACCGAACCUUUUCCUCAACCCACCCGGCACCGAAAAUCGCGUGCGAUCACUCCUCGAUCGGUUCCUGGAGCGACUCAAUCGCUUUUACAAUUCGAAGCUAGACUCUCCGUUAUCACAUCGGCCAGUGCCGCUAAAGGUCUCAUCAACACGAUGCGCAUCAUCAUGCAACAAGGAAACCGCCGAAGACACUUGGUUGAGCCACGCCGACAAAAGGUCCGGGACUUGAUUACUGGAAUGGAAAAUGUAGAAAUGCAAAAGCUAUAUGAGGAAUUUGCGAGAGUACAUAACGAAAGAGAGAACAGAUCGACAUUCAGGCUGCCGCUCUUGGAUCGUGCCCACGAGGAUAGAGACGAUGCGCUGAAGCAAGACACUACUGAUACGAGAGAAAGGCUUGAUUUAGAAGCAGCUCACAGCCUAACCGAAGAGAUGAGCAACGACGGUUUGGAAGAUGGCGAGAUGGCGGAAGUAGCGGAGGAUACUUGGAACACCAUUGCACAAGCGUCGAGUUCUCCUGACACCAUUACAUCUCGCGUUGCCACAAAAGGAACUUCGCCGCUCCCAGCGCCUUCGUCACCAUUGGAUUCAUCGUCCACCCCGGAGCCAAUCUAUACGAUGUACGACAAGGAAGACUAUGAUGCUUGCACAGUAGUCCCAAUUCAGAACCCCAAAGACUUCCCCUUGAGACGUAUACAAAAGGUCCAAGCCGACUACUACCCCUCAACACUCAUGACUGCCAUGUGGGUACACCGCAACCAGUCCAAUGAAAUCACCCAGGUAACUGGCGAUCUCGACAAGGGGCCAGUCAACCAUAUCAUCAUUCACGAUCUGCGUAUCAUCAACUCUCUCGGUCUUAAUGAGCCACCGUUUGAUACCAUAACCCUACAAUCCCCAAGCCGUGUAGACGAGACAUACGACAUACGUAUCCUUCCAGGCCAAAAACCCGAAGACCUUGAUUCCUGGGUUGUUGGUGAGCUCGUAUCCGCUCGACACGCGUACUUGUAUUGGCUUGAUGGCAGACAGUGCUCGGAUCCAAAGGGACUGCCUACUGCUGCUGAAGCGAGGGCCAUAGCUAAAAAGACGGGCAGAAGGGCAUUGGACGUCAAGAUGGAGAUUGAUGCGUAUUGGAAAAUGGAGUGUGGAACUGGGGGGAGGAAGGUUAGAGAGAAGCGAGUAGUGCAUCUGAGCGAGGAUCCGGAAUAUCCUGAGGGUGCCGAGGUGAGACACUUCGGAAGUCAGUGGAUGUAG